AAAAAAUUGAAGGUGAUUUGAAAUUUCUACACAAGAUUUUGAGAUUUUUGAGAUGCACAAAAUUAGGAUGCACUAUAGGAUCUUCUCCUAUAUCAAAACUUUAUGAAUCACAAGCGAUAAUCUUGCAAUGGCACGUAACAUUUUCAAGACGCAGUGUCCCAAUAUAUAGCAACUUCUGCUUUUCUAAUCUCUAAAACCCUGUACUCUUCGAGCUCCAGGGAACAAACAUGGCGCUAACCAUAUCAACUGAGUGGUGUAGCAUUGCCAGAAUCAAUACCCACACGAGCACUUCGUGUUCAUUCUUAACACCGUUGAACAUUUCUAAGCCUUCAAAGUUCUCCUUCAACCACAAAAAUGUUGGCAGUAGUAAUAACAUAAUUUUUUCUUGGAAUUUCAAGAAGUCGCUUAUUGGUUUCAAGGCCAUUACAAGGCAUGCAUUUCCCAAGAAGAAAAGUAUGCCCAAACAGGAUGAAGAGAAUUCCGGCGACGAGGAGGAUAAAUGGGACUAUAAGAAAUACCAGGCUUUACUCAGAGGAGGAGAAGAAGUUACUUCUGUACUAGAGGAAAUGAUAGAACUGUUGAAAGAUAUAGCAAUGGACGCUAAGUCAGAGGAAGUUGCAGUUCAUAUAGCAGCUCAAGGAGUUGUGGGGAGGAGAGUGGAGAGUCUCGAUACCAGCUUCAUGAUGGCUCUCGAUUUUAUGCUCAGCCAGUCUGAGAAUGAAGUUAGCGAGAGAAAGUGGCUACUAGAGGUGAUAAAGGACACAGUGAUGUCAUAUAUGACAAGGAAAUUGUCUCCACAUGCGCAAGUGGUUGGGAUGCUUUGCCGAACACCUAGGAAGGAGAGUCGCCUAGAGUUACUUCGUCGUGUUGCUGGAGGUGGAGGAACAUUUGAUUAUGAAACUGGAGGGAAAGUUGUGCUUCCUAAAGCCAAUCUGAAUGACAUUGCCAACCAAGCAGAUGAUUUAUUAGAGACAAUGGAGGAGAAGCAGGCUGUACCAGACCGUAGGUUACUAGCAAGGCUAGUACUUGUUAGAGAGGAAGCCCGGAGCAUGAUGGGAGGUGGAAUAUUGGAUGAGAGGAAUCACCGUGGUCUAAGCACACUUCCUCAAGCAGAGGUUCACUUACUUUUGCAUAUCCUCCAAAGGAGAAUAGGGGAUGCUGCCUUUGGGCCUGAAAAGGAAGGGCUUCCUGGGCACCUUGCUGUGAUAGGUCAUACACCUUCUGUCAUACUGACUGAAUCUGUAACCCUGGAUUGUGGGACAGGUACGGGCUCCACUUCAGCAAAUCAGUUAAGUCAGCGAACCUUAAGGGCAGUAGAAAGAGAAAAAAAGAACGCUGCAAUAGCCAUGGAACACGAAUUCAAAACUUUUAUGGAACAAACUACUCAGGCCCUACAAAACAUAACUGCAACCAUAGGUAAUCUUAGGCCAAACACAAGAAAUGGAAGGGAAAGAUCUCCAAGUCAAUCUGAAAGUGAUAAUGGGACCACCCGGGAGUCUACCCCUAGAACAAAUGUACCUCGUUUUCUAUUUAGGGAAGAGCCAUCCAGAGGUGGUGAGGAAACUCAUAUCCCUGGCAUAAGGGAACUUGCUGCAGAAUACACAAGAUUAGACACUGAAAUUAAAAGAAGUAUUCCCUUCUUUGAAUUUUGUGAAGCCGAUUCAAGGAGAAACUAUAGUAAAAGAAGGGCACAGCCUAACAUGGAGAUACAAAACAAGGUGGGUAAAAUGACCAUUCCCAACUUUGAUGGAUGUGGGGAAAUCUCAGUUCACUCAUGGAUUCAAAACUGA